AUGCCGCGCGGCAAAAACAACACUGAUGUCGAGAAAGGCCAAGUUAAAGCCUAUUUGGAUGUCAACAAAUCGUUGCAUUGGAUUGCAAGGGCCAUUGGAUGCAGCAAGAAACUCGUGCGGACGUACGUUGCAAGUUUGAAGCGACCAACUGAACUCAUCGAAGAGAAUCGGGUACUGCGAGCUGAAAUGCAAGCAGCCACGUUCAUGAUCCCCCUCGUCGGGCAGCCUGAAACUCCAUCGGAACCUCGGGCCGCUGUCGAACCCAAAUUCUCAGCAAACUAUACGGACCAGAUGAUCGUCGCGUUGCUCGAAGUGCGGUUUGGCUGGUUUCGUGACGACUUCGCCGGUAGUAAGUCGAACACGCAGCUGGCCUGCCUGUGGGAAAAGGUCGCCCUGCAAUUCAACAUAAUCACGUCGGCAUCAGUUCGUAUACCAAGUACCUCCCUCAAGAACAAGCUCGAAUUUGGCACCGAAAACCCAAGUUCACUGUGGGACGUCAACAACGGCAGUGGUGUUGAAGAUGGUGAUGGCGACCUCCACGUCGACGACGCAGAACGAAAGCGAAAACGCAUUGUUGCGGGUGAAGUCGACAGGCAGCGUCAACUACGGAAGCUCGGCAAGACAGACGUCGGGGCGGGGCUAGUGUCGCUCGGUGCUGCACUCGCACAAGGGAUGCCAAAUCUGCUGCCGUCCAAGAAGAAACUAAGAUCGCACUGCAACGGGGUAAUGAGCUUCAAGAGCAACUUUUAG